UCAGAAGAAACUUGACCUGAUUAUUGUCGUUGACUGUUCUACGGCUGACAUAAAAUACCUGAGGAGUCUAAAAAGUCAGCUGAACAAAAUGAUACAGAUAUGCAGCAACGGAGAUUAUGACUUCCGAUUUGCAUUAGUAGACUACUGGGACCAACAUGCGAUGACGAACUACUAUGCCCGAGUUCAAAACUUUACAAGAGAUGUAAAGGAAAUGAAAUCUUACAUAAAGAAGCUUCGUCAAAGGAGAACUGGAUUCAUGAAAGGGAUGGCUUACGGCUUGGCACAGGUCUCAUCUGAAGAUAAUGGUGCACGUUCAGAAGCUGCCAAGCUGUGCAUUUUGCUGCGUAAGUAUGUAAAUCUAUGUGGCCUUUAGGGGCCCUCGCUAGCAUCUUACUUCUACGUUAAACUGUUGCUAUGCAAGAUUAGCAUUACAGCAAGUUUCGUAAUCUGUGUUUACGUUCUUUUCAAUUAGAAUUAAGUUUUGCACGAAUACCAAAAUACUUAAACUCAAAUGGAAAACUUUUGUUGUGUCCGUAUUCAGUUAAAUCCAUUUAACAUCGUGUGUUCUUGCUACUACAGUGGAACCCUGUUACUACGGUCACCAACUGGCCAAAACAAAUUUGCCGUACUAAAGUGUUGGCCGUAUUACACAAUCAAAUUUCUUAAUCGCUUCGCAAGUUGCCAAGGGGGAUGUUAGCGUCAAGAUUUUUAACUUCAUGCCUGUAAUGAGAACAGGGAAGAGUGUUGCUUACUUGUAAAUAAAUCAGCUGUUUGAUUAGUAAAUGACAGAUGUCAAUGAAAUCGACCUGUCAGUUUUCAAAUUUAGCGCUGGUGGCCGUAUUAACGGGGUGAAAAUUUAAAGGAUUCUCCUGUAUGGGAUUUUCAAAUUGUCGAAAGUUUUUAUAAGAAAUUGUAUGGCCGUUUUCCCGGGCAAUAAAAAGUGGCCGUAUUUAGGAGGUGCCGGAGGUACCAGAAACCUUACUUAGCUCGUGAAAUAACUUAUCUAUCGCUAAGAAGCUCAGAGGUCGCUAUCUCUAAAAAAAUAAUCACGUUUGCUUUGGAUGUUAUGCAAUUUAGCACCCACCAUAAGCUAAAACAGAUAACGGAAAGUACACGGAAAAUACACGGAUACAAAUUUUAUUUUUGAUGGUGCUUGUGGUUUUUCUUGUUUAGUAGUAAAAAGAACUUAAAAAUAAUACAAAAGCGUAAAAGUAUGUUGUUUUCAAAGUUCCUAUUUCUUAUCAGAUAUAACUAGGAAAAGCGAUGAGAAAGAAUAGAAAAGUUUGGAACAUGUUUGUGAACUUAAUUAAUUCAACGAAAAUGAUGGAUAUUAGUAACAGCAGAGUAGCGCAGUAGUCCCCUGAGGUAUUCCUUUGUUUGUAAGAGAAAGAUUAAAACCAUUUGCAUGCUUCUGUUAGUCGAGUGAAUUAUACUGAUUUGUAACAAAAAGAGGAAGCAUGGCGGUAAUCUGUCCUUACCAUGUAAAGGGAAUAAUACUAGUGAACUACAAAUCCACCACAAAGUUUAUUGUUAUAUUUUUGCAUUUUUAAUAAUUUUUUAUUCCUUUCUUUCCUUUCUUUUUUCUCUCAGCCGUCAUUGAUGAAAGGAAGACUCUUGAAGUGUACAAAAGUACGGACGGGUACGAUGUAAUGCGACUUAUCAGGCUGCUUGCCGAAAAUGGCUUUGCACUAUAUACAGUGGGCAUUAAGCACCCAUUACUUUGCGAUAGCUCAGAUGGCGGUUCUCAACUCAUCAGCGACUUUCUAACCGGAAUUUCUCUCAAGUCCGGUGGCUCUUUUGUUCAAGUUUCAAGUGUCACACUCUUGUCUGAGGUAAUUAACUAUAGAUCUGUUCUUGGUACCCUUUAUAUAAUAUGUAGUAUACCUUACGAUUAUUAUAUGUGGCAGCGCCCGAGGGCAAUUUAGAGCGAAUCGUGCAUGUCUUCUGAUUGACUUCCUGAGCGGGCAAGAUGGGGUCAUCCAUGAAUACCAAAGGGAAUAAGAACUUCAAUUAAAAUUAAAAAUAAGUUGCAUAAAACUUGAAAUUUCAGCGAAUGUAAAUUUUAUAGGAAUAAAAUAAUUACUAUUAUGCGUUUACAACUUUAAUUUUAAAGAAAAUGAAAAAAACCUGACAAAGAAUAAAUGAAUUAUCACCAACCGUAGCAGAUACCAUGAAAGGAGAACGACACUAAAAGACCCAAAUAGUAUACUGAUCCGUCACGUGUACCAAAUACUUUAAAUGAAUAUUUUGCAAGUGUUGGCACCAACCUAGCAAGAAAUAAACUACCCACGGAAAGCAAUGAUAUGGAUUACCUCGAUUCAAUAAAUUAAAAUCGCCUGAUUCUUCCCCUUUUUUCUAACCCAUUUCCCCAGAUGAUGUUAAAAAACAAAUUCUAUCUCUAUUUAACAACGAAUCAUAUGAGUUAUAUAUUAUUGUCCUAACCAACUUCUUAAAUGCUGGUACGAUAUUUUAACUCCUGUCGUGACGAAAAUUUUCAAUACUUCUGUGACGUCUGUAUUUUUAAAAGUGAAGGCAAGACCGCUUCUAAUUACCAACCAACUUCUCUCUUAUCAAAUUUUGAUAGAAUAUUUAAAAAGCUACUGCACUGCGUAAUGAAGGACUUUACAUUACAGUGUGUCUUCCCUGAGGCACACUCCUCAGAGCAUACGAUCCUUGAUUUUGUCGAAACUUUACGGAACAAUAUGGAUGAGCAUUAUUUUUUUGUAUGGUGUUUUCAUUGAUUUAAAAAAGGCUUUUGACACUUUCAAUCACAAAAUAAAACCAAUUGUGGUUUUCGGGGAAUUAUCAACGAUUACUUACAGUCUUAUUUAACAAUUCGAAGGCAACCAACUUAAAUUGGAUCGCAAGGAUCAACUAAAUGAAUUUCUCCGUGGUACCCCUAAGGGUUUGGUUUUAGGACCACUCUUCUUUUUACUUUAUGUAAAUUACAUUUAUCUCUGUUCCAAUGACCUUAACUUUUCCUUUUAUUUGCGGAUGACACGAAUAUCCUUUAUGAUGACAAGAAUCUCAAGUCUUUCGAACAGACGGUCAAUGCUGAACUGAGCAAUUUGCACAACUGGCUAACGUCAAACAAAUUAACUCUGAAUACAAAAAAAUUAAAUCUUGUAAUUUUUCGCCCUCGAGGAAAGAAAAUCCAUUAUCUUCCACAAAUAAGUAUAUUUAAUGGUGAAACAAAUAGAAGAGUCAGUUAUACCAUGUUUUGGUGUUUAAAUCAAAGAAAUCUCUCGUGUAAAAAUCACAUCGACUGUGUUACCAUUGAAAUAAGUAAGACCAUAGGAAUGGUUGCUAAGCUAAGAUACUUUGUUCCAUCAUCUGUCCAUGAAUAUUUAUAAAUCCUUAAUUUUACCUUAUUAACCCUAUGUACUCUUUGCUUGGGCUGAUGCGUCUAAAAUCUAUUUUAAAAGAAAUUGUUGUUUUCCAAAAGCGAGUAGUAAGUUUCUUAAACUUUAUUGAUGAAAAAGAAUAUGCAAUCCCCUUAUUUGUAAAUGAAAAAUUCUACCUAUUACCGAAGCUUUAUGUAAAUUAAUGCUCGAUAUCCAGAACGACAGCACACCUUAUUACAUCGUGAAACUUUUUACGAGAAACGGUCAAACAUCCAUACCUAUGCUACUUGCUUAUCAACGUCACAGCCCUUUAGCGCUAAGUACUUUAAGAUCAAAAUGCAAAGAAAGGCUUAUCCGCGUGUUGGUGUCAAAAUUUGGAUGAGAUGCCUCAUGAAUAUAAAAAUUCGUCAAAGAAAUCCUUCAAAAAAGAAAAAGAAAGAGCUCCUCAAUAUUCUAGAGGCUCAAGAUUCUUAUGUGGAGCCUGAUGAGAUAAUGCUAAAAUUCAAACAGCAAAAUUGAAACAAAUUGAACUACUUACAUGAUGUUUUUCGUAAACUUAAAAACUUUAGGACUUCUCCUUCUUUAUAAUGAACGUCUUCAGUCGCCCUUAAUUUUUUCUUUUCUCGAGUGUAUCUUUUAAUGUCUUUUUAUGUGUCAUUUCUUUAUUUGUGUAUUAUUUCCAGUGUAAUUUAAUUAACUUAAAUUCAAUUAAGUCACUGAAGAAAAUGGACCCACCUCGAUUAACAUCUACUGCCUGCAGGUCAAAAGGAAUAUCUUAUAUAUAUAUAGGAAAAGAAAUAAAAGUGUGAAACACGAGAUGAAGAGCCAGCGUUUCACACUUUUUCACAAUGUGAAUUAUUUCAGGCUUCUCUUUUCGCAAUUUCGCCAGUUACAUUUCACUUGUGGGGAUCAAUUCGAUACUUAUUUGUUGUUAGCGGGUUUAAGCAUGACGCUUAUGAAGACCCCCAAAAUUUACAUCUGAUCCGCUUGGGCUACAAGUUGGAACGUCAUUUGCAUCGAUAUUUUAUGCUGAAUAUACAAGAUAAAUAAAAAGAUGUGUUUAGAAGUUAGACUCCACAGUAAUCGUAGAAAACAUACGUUUACAGGUCGUUGAUUGGCUUGUCAAAGAAGAUAUUGCUGUGGAAACCUUAUUGGGAGUUGUUGAGGACAUAAUUGUUCUGCAAAUGAAGUCUAGCCCUUUACCCAAACAGUUAAGCAGAUCAGAGUUGGAUGACAUGAUUGACAGAGGACUUCGUCGAAGAUCGUGUCGCACGCCCAUCAUCCCAAGUCAAUUGGCCAUCGUUGGACCAAUAUCACAGCUGGCAGAAAAAGUGUCUCUCAUGAAUGAUAUGGCCAGUGUAUGUGAUCUUGUAGUGCCGCAGAGCACGGUGCCAGAAAAACCAGAAAAGCCUAUAAGGCAGCUUUAUUCCACAGAGUCUUCCAGGGCUCUGAAGAAGAGCGGAACAGAGAAUGUUUCUUGGAAAAUGAGACGAAGGCUUUCUCUCCGAAAGGUACCGUAUAUCAGCGAAAUCGCUAAGUACGUGUCCUCUCUGCUUUCUCAGUUAGGAGAGACCAUCCAAACAUUCAAGGUGACUUGAAGCAAGGUUAGAUUAUAAGUAGGGAAUGGGAGUUCCGUAAAGAAUGAUGUGAUCAUUUGUCUCACUCUAGUAAUUUUUUCAGCAAGAAUAUUGAGUACCAGAAAAACUCUUAUGUUGUUAUGGGAGUAAUUGAAGAAAGGUUGUUGUGCUUCUCAAAUUGAAAAUUUGAGUAUAGGUUAUUUCGUUACAUGCUGGGAUCUAGCUAACUGUGUUAAAGUGGAAAGUCAAUAUGAUAUUACUACUUUUAAGAAGGACUUCCUUAUGACACCUGCAAAGCAACAAAAUAGCAAAUAAUUUUUUCCAGUUAAGUAAGGUCGAGUUUAGUAAGAAUUUCAUGUCUAGUAAAACAUUGUACAUACAAUGUCUGGCGGUAGAAAUGACAUAUAGAAGUAGGAAAAAGUAUUUUUUAAGUUUGACAUAAGGUAUAUGUUGUCUUUCGCAAGUAAUAUAUAUAUAUCUCAUUAGACGUUUUGGUGUGUAGUAUCGCUGAGUAUUUUUACGAGUUGUGCCGUAUUUUUAUGAGCCCACAGGGCGAGUCAAAAUACAACUGACAACGAACAAAGUAAUGAAUUGGUAAGAUUUAGUUUUGCGGUUCGUGGCUCAUAGGCAGUUAGGCUAUGAGCCAUAAACCACGUAAGUAGGUUCGUAAGGUUUAGGAGCAAUCUCAAGAAGUGCGACCAACCAUUAACCACCACCUAGCAUCUCUUGACAGUUCCAGAGAAACACCUUAAGCCCAUGUAUUUUUUUUCUUUUUGCUCUAAACUUUACGCAACAGGAGUUGCUUAAACUAAGCAUGGGUAAAUGUUGAAGAAUAACAUUACAGGAUCUGUUGACCCAAGUUGAACUAAUUAUAGUUCAUUUAGAAUCGGUAUUUUAUCUUUAAAUUGUUAUAGUUUGCUUCGAAUGUUGUCAUACAUCUUUUGGUAACCUGGUGUUGCAAAACCUGGCUGUUAUCAUCAAAACGUAGUUGAAUAAUUGAUUAUUGCUCAUUUUUGUUUUAUAAUGCAUUUGCAAGCUUAAUCUUAAAGAGGUGCUUUGAAUUCGGGAUUCGUUUUUAUAUACGCUAGGGAUAACUCAUGUAGAAACAGUAAUUUAGUUAUUUAGAGAUUGAUUUUUGGUAUGGUUUUUAGUGCGAACGGAGAUUACUAACUUAAUAUAAAUGCUGAUAUCGAUUUGUUUUAAAGUAACCUCUACCCUUUUUCCAAAUUAAGAAGCUAAGUAAAUAUUUCAGUCUCAUUCCCUUUUGACUUCAUUUUGGUCUUUCAUUAUUUCUUCCUGAAAUGUUUAGAACUACUGAUCCAGGAACAGUAUAAGGUGUCUUUUUGCUACGCCUGUUGAAGCCAUACCAAACCAAUGUUUUUGCAACUAAUAAUGCUUUUCUUGUCGCCAUUGUUUUACAACUUUCAAGGUGUCAUUUCUACGGUGGCCCACAGGUGACAGCUGCAAACAAAUGUAUAUUGGUGCAAACAAAUACACGUGGAUGUAAACAAAUAUAUCUUGAUG